AUGUCAAUUUUGAGUGAGCAUACUAUUACACUAAAAAAUGAAACUAUUACAAUGAUGUCUAUCUCACACAGUGCUAUAAAUCCAUCUAUAGCAAUAUGUACAACAUCAAGAGUGAUACUAUUUAAUGAUUAAGGGGAAAAAUUAGAUUAUGAUUUUACUCAUAAUUAAAAACCUACUGCAAUAGUAUGGCAUCCUAUUCAACCACAAUUAACAAUAGGAUGGCAGAAUGGUAGAUUUUACAAUAUAUAAUUUAGGUCUAAUAACAUUAUGGUCAGAGGAUACACGUACAUCAAAGGAGGAAUCAGCUGUGCAUAAAGGAGAAAUUAAUUUAAUUCAAUAUAAUACAAAUGGAUCUAGAAUGGUUAGUGCAGAUAUAAAUGGUCUAGUAGUUGUAUGGAGAGGAAUAACACCAAUGUGCACUUAUCAAAAAGAAGGUAUAUAAACUAUUUGCAUAUUUGCUGAAUUAAAUAAUAUUAUCAAAGCUUAAAAUUUAUUCCUUUUUGGUGGUAAGUCAGGAUUAGUAUAUUUGGCUGAUGAUAGUAAAUAUUGUUAAGAGAUUAUUAAAGUUGUAGGUAGUAUUAAAUGUAUGAUGAUAUAUGAGAAAUAUAAUUCAGCUAUUAUAAUCUCAAAUACUCUAUUAUUAGUUUAAUUUAAAAUAAGUACAAGUGAAAAGAUAUAACCAGACAAAAAAGUUAAAUUAUCAAUAGCAGGAGAUUCAGAAUCAUUAUAAUCAAUUUGGAUUGGUUAAUGUUUAAUAGCAAUUUCAUCAAAUGAAAAUAUGAUUAGAAUGUUUUAGUUAGAAGCUGAUGAAAAUUAUGUUAUUACUUUACAUGAAUAUUAAGAAUUAUAUCCAAAAGAUAAGAUAUUAAAUGAUAAAAUAACAUGUAUUCAAUAUAGCAAGAAAUCUAAGAAUUUGAUUGCAGGAACUAAAGAUGGUAAAUUACUAUUUUGGAAAAACUUUGCAUCAACAGAUGAAUCUCCUGUUGAAAGUGAAUAGUGGAAAACAUUCAAAAUUAUUAAUCAUAAUAAACCUAUCAAUGAAAUUGUUAUUGGUAAAAAUAGUGGAUUAAUUGCUGCAAGAUCUUCAGAUUCUGUUAGAAUAGUUUAAGAAACUUUAGUUCAUGGAAAAAUACAAGAUACUGUUAGAAUUUUAUAAGUAGAGUUUAAUAAAAUUUUGAUCUAUUUAAAAAAUGAUUAAUAAAAUUAAGAUAAAGGAGUUUGGCCUAUGUUUUUAUGGGAUAGCAAAUAUCCUAUUAAAUCUAUUGAUUGUACUCAAUAAUAUCUUUUGAUUUAAAGUGCAAAUAAGAUUGAAAUUAGUGAAUUUACAAGUAAUAUACUAAUAAAUUUAUUUAGAUAAUUCUUAAAUUUUAUCAAAAUCGUCUUUUGAUAAGAAAUGUGUAAAAGCUGCACUAUUUUAAGAAAAUCUUAUAUUAUUUCAUGAAUAUAAGUUUGAAGUAACAAACUUUAAAGGAGUUUAAAAAUAUUUUGUUGAUUUUUCAGAAAGUGAUGGAGCUAUAGCAAAUUAUGAAUUUAACAAUAAAACUAUGGUUAUAUGGACACAUAAUAAUUAUUUUAGAUUAUAUGAUUUUAGUAGAAGGGAAGCAUAAUUAUAAGGAUUUAAUUGCAAAUUUGAAAAUGACAAAGGUUCUUUAGGUAAAAUUAAAUAAUGUGCUGUUAAUUGUGAUGGAAUCAAUGUUGCCAUUAUAGCAGAUAAUCAUGGAAAUCAAAAUGAUUAAUUUUUUGUUUACAAUUCAGAAAAUAAUAACUUUUAAUCAUUUGAAUUGCCUAAAUAUAGAAAAGCUAUUUAAAUUAUGUGGGAUUAUUCAGAUCCAAGAUUAUUUGGUGUAACUACUAUUUGCACUAAAAUUAAAACAAAUAGUGAAAAUGAUGUUGAAGAAGAAUAAACUGAUUUUAGAGCUAAAAAGUUUUUCACUUUUUUCUUCAAUCCAUAAUUAGGUAUUAAAGAAUAAGAUUGUUAUAUACUUGAUGAAAAAUAAGAGGGAGUUUUGUCUAUUCGUAUUCCAUACAUUUAUGUUAUUUAGAUAAAAGAAAUUCUUGUUAAUGAUAGUUAAAAACAAUAACAAUCAACUCAAAAUUAAGAUAAUCUUAAAAAUGAUAGUAAAGUUGUAUAGAGAAAAGAACAAUCAUAUAGAAUUUAAGAUAUCCUUAUGAAUGAUUUUAUUGGUUUAGAAAGAGCAGAUGAACCUACUAAAAGAGCAGUUAUUAAUUUCUCAUAUCAUUUAUCUUGUGGUAAUUUGGAUGAGGCCUAUAAAUCUGUAAAGGCUAUUCAAAAUCCAACUGUAUGGGAAAAAAUGGCUUAGAUGAGUGUUAAAACCAGAAGGUUGGAUGUUGCUGAAAUCUGUAUAGGAAAUAUGAGAUUUGCAAGGGGUGCUAAAGCAAUAAGAGAAACAAAGAAAGAACCAGAAUUUGAAGCUUAAUUAGCUAUGGUAGCUAUAUAAUUAAAUAUGAUCUCAGAAGCUGAAAAAUUAUAUUAUUAAUGUAAAAGAUAUGACUUACUUAAUAAAUUAUAUUAGGCAUAAGGAUAAUGGGAAAAGGCAGUAGAAAUAGCAGAGAAACAUGAUAGAAUUAAUCUAUUAUCAACUUAUUACAAAUUAGCCAAACAAUAUGAAAUUUCUAAAGAAUGGGAUAAAGCAAUCUAAUAUUAUGAAAAAUCUGGGAAUGCAUUAAAAGAAGUACCUAGGAUGUUUUAUGAAGCUGAUGAAUUAUAAUAUUUGGAAGGAUAUGUCUUAUAAAAGAAAAACCCUGUACUUUAGAAAUGGUGGGGUAAUCAUUUAGAGUCAGAAGAAAAAUAUGAAGAAGCAAUGAAAUUUUACAUAGAAGCAAAUGAUGCUUUAGGAAUUAUUAGAUUAUUAUUACAUUAAGAUAAUUUAAGACAUGCCAAAGAGAUUUGUAAUGAAAAGAAUGAUCCAGCAGCUCAUUAUUACUUAGCUAAAUAUCUAGAAGCUAAAAACAUUAUACCAGAAGCUAUUUAAUUUUAUACUAAAGCUUAAUAUUAUAGUGAAGCUAUAAGAUUGGCAAAGGAAGCCAAUUUAAUUUCAGAUGUGACAGCAAUAUCAUUAUAAGCACCUUAAUUAAUUAUGAUAUAAUCAGCCAUCUAUUUUGAAUAAAAGAAAAUUAUAGAUAAAGCAGUUUUACUUUAUAUGAGAGGAGGAUAAUUAUAAAAAGCAUUAUAUUUAGCUUAAAAAGAAAAAUUGACUGAUUAUGUUAAAAAAAUUAAUUAAGAAAUCUCACUUAAAAAAUAAGAAACAGUAGAUUUAACUUUUACUAAUACUGGUUCAUUGAAAGAAACACCAUCAUAAUAAAAAUUAGCCAAUUAAUAAUAAUCAUAAUAGCAAUCUAUUUAAUCAAAAGAUAAAACACCACCUCCAGGAUCAUUAUAAGAUUUGAUAAAUAAAAAAUAAUUUGAUAAGGUCUUAGAGACUUGUGAUAAUUAGGGUUUAUAAAUAACUGAUGAUCUUGUUAAAUAAAUGUUAGAUGGUCUUGAUGAUAAAAGAAAAAAAGAGGUAUAAUUACUUAUUGCGGAAAAAUCAAAAAAAAUGGGCAAUUUUGAAUAAGCUUCUAAAAUGUAUAUAUAGAUGGGAGAAAGGGUUAAAGCAAUGAAGGCACUUUGUAAAUUAGGUGAUGUUGAAAAAAUUAUUGCUUUUGCAAAUAAUGCUAGAAUGGCUGAAAUUUUUAUUCUAGCAGGUAAUUAUCUUUAAACUGGUGAUUGGCAUAAAACACCUGAUAUUAUGAAACAUAUUAUAUAAUUCUAUAACAAAGCCAAAGCAUUUGAUCAUUUGGCAAAUUUCUUUGAAGCCUGUUCUUCUGUUGAAAUUGAUGAAUAUAGAGAUUAUGAUAAGGCUUGUGCUGCAUUGAAAGAAGCAAUUAAAUAUUCAGAAAAAUCAACUAACCAAUAAAAAACAUAACAAUUAUAAUAAAAAUUGAAAUUGAUAUCUGAAUUUAUUUAAGCAAAAUAGAAGUCACCAUAAGAGAUGAUAUAACUCUAUUAUAAGUUAUUAAAUGAUGUAUAUAUUAAUAAUAAUUUUUAGAGUAAUAUAGAAUAUGCAGUAAGAUAAGGAGAUAUUUUUGCUGAAUUAAUUGAAUACUAUUAUGCUCAAGGUCAAUAUGAAAAGGCUUAUGAAGAAAUGUAGAAAAUGUAGAAGAAAUCUAUUGUACUCAAUCCUUAUUUAGAUUAGGAAUUAGUAAUAUUUCUACUUAUUUUAGAUAUAAAAAGUUAUGAAUUAUAUGAAAUAACAAGUAGGUAGUCAAUAAUAAUAAUAAAAAUAAUAAUAAAAUAAGAAGCAAUCUUAUGGAAAAUAAUAAGAGUAAAAUGAUGAUGAUUUCUAAGAGGAGGAUGUUAUUGAUGAUGGAAUAUGA